UACAUUAACUUUAAACUCCUGUGAUAUUUUUGUACCCUAUCCUCAGAUAAUCCUCUCUGCUCACGCUGACAGAUGAUCUGUUUUCCCAGUCGAUUAUCAAUGGAGUUUUACAUCUAAAUCUCAUUACAGGAUAGGUUGGCUUGACAUUAUUUGCUUCUUGAUUCAUCUGAGCAUUCACUCUGAACCACAAAUGGAUGCAGCACAGCGGAAACAUCAGAGCAAACUGCCUGUUGUCAUUUAACUACAUUAGAUGUUCUUCCUCUCAAAGAUGCCAUUGUCCAGUCUCCAACUGUCAUUCUGCUUUAUUCUUUACAGGAGAACAUCUGUCUUUGAAGCGGUAAUUUGGAGACUACAACACAAGCAAUGUGCUUUUAGGGCUAUGACACAGCAUCUAGGAACUUUGAGCUAACACAGAAAGACACAAGGACAGACACAGCAUGGAGGUGAAACUAGCAGCAGGGCUGACAACACUCCAAAGCUUGUAGGCCAUUCAGCUGCAGUCAACCAGAGAUAUUUUUUGUGUAAUCUGACCCCCCGGCCUACAUAGACCGUUCUGGGCUCUACCAGCAUGGCGGGGUAGCGUCACAUCCCCGUGCCCCCUUAGCCAGCCUGACAGUCUCACAGCCUGCAAACGACCCUCUCCACACAGAUUCACAUGGCGGCUGAGUAUCUGUGGGGUGGGGCUGAAUCUCAGGACUGUUUUGAAGUCAAACUCCCUCUAGAUCUACGUGUCGGACUGUAAAAACACCAACAGACAAUGGACAGGAAACUGAAUCUAAACCGAGCUGAGACGUUCUCCUUCGUCAACCCCUGGAUCAGAUAUUUUCUCUUCUUCUUCAGCUUCUUAUUUUGGGUUUUCUCCUUGUUGAUUGUGGCAAUUGGGGUGUAUGCUAAAGUCCAGAAAGCUACAGACACAGUGCGGGACACGUUCCUGAUCGACCCAGCUGUCAUCCUAAUUGUGGUGGGGGUGGUCAUGUUCUUCAUUACUUUCUGCGGUUGCAUUGGAGCCCUCCGAGAGAACAUUCGCCUCCUCAAGACAUUCUCCUUCAGCCUGACACUGGUUUUCCUGACCCAGCUAGCCAUAGCAAUUCUGGGUUUCUUCUACUCCGAUCAGACUCGGGAUGCUUUGGGAAAGUUUGUGAAGAAAGCCAUCGUGCACUAUAGGGAUGACCUGGAUCUGCAGAACCUGAUGGAUUACAUCCAGAAAGAGUUCAAGUGUUGUGGGUGGAACAACUACACAGACUGGUCUUGGAACCUGUAUUUUAAUUGUACACAUAACAACCCCAGCUCUGAGCGUUGUUCUGUACCUUACUCCUGCUGCACUCCUGUUCCUGGAGAGGCAGUGAUUAACACCAUGUGCGGUUUUGGGGUUCAAACCCAGAACUUCCUGGAGGCAAACAAGUCAAUCUACCCAGUAGGCUGUGCAGACAGGGCAGUGAGGUGGAUCGAGUCUCAUCUGUUGCUGGUGGGGGCUCUCGCCCUGGGACUGGCCUUGCCUCAGAUUGCAGGGAUUGUGCUGUCCCAGAUCCUGAUCUCUCAGAUCCAAGAUGAGAUUACCUCAGUGUUGUGAGACUGUGUCGACGCAGGGGAAGAGGAGGGAAGAAAAGAACUUACAGUUCUCUGCUCAGCUCCUCUGACAUGUACAAGGACAUCUUUUUUUUUUACCGCUACUAUAUCUCUGCAAUGUUUGAGUACAUCUCUUAUUCUUAACGUGCUGUUGCCCUUAGGUAUACAAGUGUGGUACACUUUAUUGUGUUAGUAAUUCACAUGCGAAGAACAAACUGUAUAUUUAUUGCUUUUGAUAAUGGUUUUUGUAUUGCUAUUGACAUGAAGACUUUAUCUCUGAAAAAGUAUUUAUAUUUAAAUGUGAUGUUUGCAAAUAAAAUUCAGAAGAAGAAAGACACAGUUAUCUACACUGAU